ACCACUUGUUAUCUGCUCACCCAUAGAAAACCAGGUCAACCCUAUCCGAGGGCCCUUCUACACAGCCAUAUGGCCCAGAACAUUAAGGCAUAUAAUCCACAAUAUCUGCUUUGAAGUGGAAUAUCUGAGCCCACACUGCCAGGUAACUUCUGAACAAGUUCUGAGAAGUACACCUUGUGAGAGCUUUGCCCGAGGAGUGCUAUAAGUCCAAAGUGACCUCAAGAUACACAGAAAUGACAAGAAAAAAAAAGUUCUAGAAAAAUACAUUUCAAGAGGCAUACCUGUGGAAUUAAGGGGGGAGGAAAUAAGAUUGUGCUGAAAAAAGAGAGGCCUGGGAAAGCGAGCAGAAGGCUACAGCAAUACAAAAACUGUACUGUUCACAAAGUUAUAUCUGUGAACCCUGGCAUCAUGUUUGAAUUAUAAAUGUUAAAAAAUGGCAAGUCCUCUGUCUCCCUAUCCUAGAUCAGACACAGGGAAGAAGUUACAUCAGUGUUUGGAAUGUGGAAAACAAUUUGAUAGGAAAAGCUCUCUUGCUGUACAUGAACGGACCCACACAGGGGAAAAACCAUAUAAAUGCAUGGAAUGUGGAGAAAGCUUCAGUCGCGGUGACAGUUUACGGUCCCAUCAAAGGACUCACACAGGGGAGAAGCCAUAUAAAUGCAUGGAAUGUGGAAAGAGCUUUAGUCACAGUGGCAAUCUACGUUCCCAUCAAAGGACCCACACAGGGGAGAAGCCAUAUAAAUGCAUGGAAUGUGGAGAAAGCUUCAGUCAGAGCGGCAGUUUACAUUCCCAUCUAAGGACCCACACAGGGGAGAAGCCAUAUAAAUGCACGGAGUGUGGAGAAAGCUUCAGUCGCUGUGAUAGUCUACGUUCCCAUCAAAGGACCCACACAGGGGAGAAGCCACAUAAAUGCAUGGAAUGUGGAGAAAGCUUCAGUUGCAGUGGCAGUCUACGUUUCCAUCAAAGGAUCCACACAGGGGAGAAGCCAUAUAAAUGUAUGGAAUGUGGAAAGAGCUUCAGUCACAGUUGCACUCUACGUUCCCAUCAAAGGAUCCACACAGGGGAGAAGCCAUAUAAAUGCAUGGAAUGUGGAGAAAGUUUCAGUCAACGUGGAAAUCUACGUUCCCAUCUAAGGACCCACACAGGGGAGAAGCCAUAUAAAUGCAUGGAAUGUGGAGAAAGUUUCAGUCAACGUGGAAAUCUACGUUCCCAUCUAAGGACCCACACAGGGGAGAAGCCAUAUAAAUGCAUGGAAUGUGAAGAAAGUUUCAGUCAGAGUUGCAGUCUACGUUCCCAUCAUUGGAUCCACACAGGGGAGAAGCCACAUAAAUGCUUUGAAUGUGGAGAAAGCUUCACUCGCAGUGACAAUCUACGUUCCCAUCAAAGGACGCACACAGGGGAGAAGCCCUAUAAAUGCAUGGAAUGUGGAAAGAACUUCAGUCGCAGUAAAACUCUGCGUAUCCAUCUAAGGACACACACAGGGGAGAAACCACAUAAAUGCAUGGAAUGUGGAAAGAGCUUCAGUCGCAGUGACAAACUACAUUCCCAUCAAAGGACCCACACAGGAGAGAAGCCAUAGAAUUGCAUAGAAUGGGGAAAGAGCUUCGGUUUGCGUGGCAUUGGUCGACGGAUAGUGGGAGCAGGUCUCACUCAGAGGGGCACUUUUCUCAGUAUUGCAGCAAGCUUCCAAGGGAUUCACCUAACCUCUUCUACAAGGAAAUCCAUCAAUGGCUUCUAGGAUGAUCUGUGAAGGUUUGCUGAAAUGAACAGCAGCUGAGAUCUCUGGAUAAAAGGGUUCUGAAAAAGAAUAACUCUUUGGUGGAAGAUAACGUCCUAUAUUCAUACUUUUGACUCAUGUCUUUGUUCUACUGCCCCUCAAUUACAAUUUUGGGCUCCAGCCAUGGACCUGUAUCCCUUUUCUGGACUUUGUUGCAUCCUUAAUCAUUGACUCUAAAUUCUGGACUGACUUCCUGGUUUC